AAGCGGUUUCCGAAAUUCUACCCAGGUAAAUUCCGAUUCAGCCAGUAAGAAAUUAAGAGUGAUAAAAAGCGCGUGACCGUCCUCAAAAAUUCAUGGUCCGUGCGCCGAAUUCGAUGCUUUCACGACAUUCACUAGCAGCAUUGUCAAACACCGUUCCUUUACGUUCAUUUCACGCUAGAGCAGGUAUUUCAACGAACCGUCGCCUUCACGGUCAUCCUGAACCUAGUGCACCCGGAAAACAGCUUUCUAGGAAAUCUUCGGCAGAGAACACCGUCGCAAAAUACAGGUCGAAACAUUACAGUCCCUCUCAUAAAGAGCCCAACCCUGAUGGAAAGAUUCUCCUUGAACCCCACAUUCUCUCUGGACGGCUAAAGAAGCUAUGUGACGGAGCUCAGGUUGAUACUGCUGUCGCCAUGCUGAAAAAUUCUCCUCUGGGUGCACAAAAUGUACCGGUAUGGAAUACCUUGAUUUGGGAAUGCCUGAAAGCGGAACGAUUUCGGUUGGCCCAUGAUCUCUAUAUCGAUAUGAAGCGACGAGGUCACAGACCAAAUACCCGAACUUUUCAAACUCUGAUGAAUGGUCUAGCGCGGAUAGAAGAUUGGGAGUCGCAUCCAAAACAACUUGCAAAUGCACAUUCCGUCCAUCAAGCUUUCAUGCGUCAUGUCGACGCUGUGAAGAAGCACGACCCAUCGAGCGCUGAGCUUUCCCUCGCUCCAACCGCUGCCUACGUAAAGAUCCUCGGUGCAACGGGCCUUCACCAGGAAAUAUUCGACGUGUUUUAUAGCCUUGACGCGGAAGGUCGUCUCGCUCCAGACCAUCUUCUGUUUACAGCCAUGUUCCAAGCAUUGGCCAUGAAGCCUACGGCAGAAACAGGAGAUUUUGUACAAAACGCAGCUAGUGCAAAACUGUUGUGGAAUCUAAUGACAAAAGCGUUGCGUCGAACUAAAUUCCAAAUUGACGGUCAAUUGGUUUCAUCCGCGAUGGUAGCCCUCUCCCGAGGUCGUACCAUUGACCAGGAUUUCGCCUUCAGCCUUGCAAAUGAGUACUUUGGUUUGGUCGGGCUCGAUGGGGUGGCCGAUUCUGCUCCUUCCGAAGGGAAAGGCAUCCUUCCACUUCAACCACAGUCCUUUGCCGCCAUUUUAACCCUCUGUCGGAAUAGCUCCCGUCCCCUCCACGCAAUCAAUUUCUUUGGUGCUGUUCUCCAGCGUCCCGAAUCUCAAGGUGGACCAUCCAUCAUAGAUCGCGCACACGUCGAACAAGUUCUACACUCACUCAUCGCCGCCAACAUCUCUUCUUGUUCCGAAAAAGCUAUAGAGCUUAUCGAGUGGAUGCUCACACAAGAGAUCAAGCUUCCGUCAACCGCCGCAACAAAAAUUCGUCCCACGUAUCCAACAUUCAAUCUUCUCAUCUCUCACAUCUGCAGGCCGGAGAAUAAUUGGCGCGUGGCUGUUAAGGCGUUUGAUCUUAUGACGGGCUAUCAUUGUCACGAUUUUAUGGACGGCGUGGAGGCAAAGGAACCUCGCAUUGAUCAUCGUUCGACAGGGAGAAACAUCCCUCCAACAGCAGAGAUAUUAUCGAGCAUGAUGAGGAUCGCAGUAGGCUCAGAAAACAGGGCAAACAUUCGCCAAGCCCUUCGUUUAGUCCACCAUUUCGGGAUCCAGUCGUUGGCGCGGCCUUCACAUACCCUGGAAUCAAAGAAAGCCGUGAAAGAUAAACUAUUCUAUGCCUUUAAAUUGGCACGUAGUGCAAUGGAAGGCAUAGAUAUAUUGUCUUCACGGAGUACUGCACAGGAUCGACCUCGAGAUGAUGAUCUCGUGCGCUGGCAGUCACUUAAAGUCGAGGCCAAAAAGUUGUUGGGAUCCGAAUCUGACAAUGAUUUCAUCCCCAAUAUACGCCGGAAACAAGUACAUGCCAAACCCAGGGAAAUUAGAGAGGGUGCUAGUACAAUACAGUCAAAUCGCUUGUCAAAAACUGGAGGUCGUAUUCUUAAUUUUAAGUCCUCGUAGAGGAGUAUUACAACAGUAGCCCUUUUAUUAAAACACUACUUACUCUACCUAUUGCAUUCCUAUCAAAUGAGUCCGAGAAAGACGUAUCCAGGACAUAUCGGUCUCUGUAGACCCCCAAAAAAGAACAUCAUGCUGUGCGAGAUGAAGG